AUGAAAAAUAUGAAUAUUCCUGAAGGAAGUAGUAAAUUAGUUGGGGGAGGAAAAGCUGAAGAAUCAAGAGGAAAGGAUAAUAACAAAAAAAACAAUGAAGAACAUAAUACAUCAUUUUAUUAUGAGGUGUAUCAUAAACUUAAGAUUUAUUAUGGAUAUUCUAUUAAUGAAGAAGAAAGAAAAAAUAAAUGUUUUUUAAAAAAUAAGAAUCCAUUAAAUGAAGUAACAAAACUUCAAGAUGAGCUAGUAACUUUUUUUGAUCAAAAUAUUGAAUUAUUUUCGAAUCCCUUUCAUUUUUUAAAUUAUGAAGAAGAUAAUAAUAUAAAUAAAAAUGAUUUAAAAAAUUAUCUAGGAACAAAAUAUCCCAACCUACUAAGUCUUAUGGAAGAUAUAAUAAAAUGUUCAUUAAUAAUAAAUAGAAAUGUGUAUUAUGUAUGUGAUUUAUUUAAUGAAGUAUACAAAAAAAUUGAAAAAAAUAACAUACAGACAGAAAUAAGUAAAACCAUAUAUAUUAAUGAAGUAUUAAAAGAAUGUAUUGAAAAAGAAAACUUAAUUAUUAUGAUAUUUUUAGAAAUAUUGAAAUAUAUAAAUAGAAAUGAAAAAGUAGGAGUAACAUUAGAUGGUGACAACAAAUCAAUGAAACAUGAUUAUUUUAGUGAAAGAGAAGAUAAUUAUACAGAUAAUGAAUUAAAAAAGAAUGAAGAAGUGAAAUCUUUUAGUGAUAAUAGUUCAUUAACUAAUAAUUCUUUGGCUAGUUUAAAUAUUUCUAAAAAAAAAAAAAAAAAAAAUAUUAAUAAUAAAAAAAUAAAUGGAGAUAAGUUUUCUUAUUAUAUAUUAGUUAACUUAACAGAGAAUGAUUUUGUUGAAAAUUUAUUUUUAGAAAUCGAUAAAAUAAUUAAAUUUUUAAUAAAAUUUGAUGGGAUAUGUGAUAAGACAGAAUAUGUAUUUAAUUAUAAAACACAUAAAAUAAAUAUAUUAUUUAAUUUACUAGAUUUAUUAUUUUUAUAUUUUUCUAAAUUUCAUGCAAAUAUAAAUAAUAUUUCAUCCAUUUUUAAAUCAAUAAAUCAUUUGGUUUCAACAAAAUAUUUUGAUUUCAUAUCAACAGAUUAUUAUGUUAAAGAGUUAGACAACCUUUUAUUUUUAGAGUCUCAAAAAAAAAAUAAAAAAAUUAUCAAGUACAUGAGAAAUCUUAAAAAUAGUAAACUUAUUUCACAAGCUGAUGAUUAUUAUAAGUUAGAUAUAAAUAUAUCAGAUUCAGCUUUGAAUAAGCUUGAUGAUUUUUCUGAAAAUGGAUUAAACCCUUCUGUUUCUAAGUCUAUUAAUUUUGACACAUCUACUAGUUUAUCAAAAAUAAAUCAACCAUUAGCAUCUGGAAUUACAAGCACACAAGAACAAAAUGUAAAUACAUCAACUGGUAUUGGAAAUACAAGUAAUGUACAUAAUAUAAUUGUAACGGGUCCUAACGAAAAUGUAACAAGCCUAAAUCAAAGAACCCAAAAUCCGUUAGAUGUAAAUUCAUUAAACAGGUUCGGUAAUAAUGCCUUAUCAAACGAUCAGAUAAAUUCAUCGACUUUUCAUUCUGAAGUGAAUAAUAUUGGUGGACGUAGUGGAAAUAUGAUAAAUGGUCAAAAUAAAUAUGGAAUAAAAAAUAAUAUAUUUAAUAAAUGUUUAGAUUGUACUGGAUAUUGGUAUAGUUGUAAUUGCAGUUUAAACAGUUUUGAAAAAUCUAGUCUUACAUUAUCAACACAGAUAAGUUUAUUAUUAAUAUUAUGUUUACAUCCAAAUAUAGAUAAAUAUGUUUAUGAGAAAAGGAAAAAUAUAAAAAUAAAUAAUUCACUAUCUACAGAUAGUACUAAUGUGGGUGUACAAUCAUCGGGUAAAGAACAUAUAAAUGAUCUUUUAGAGUUGAAAAAAAAAAAAAUAGAUUUUGAUAAUUUCCAUACACCAAUAAUAUGGAAAUAUAAUUGUAUGAGUACUGAAAAGGAUUAUAAACAUUUGAUGGGAAUGAAAAAUAAUUAUAUGAUUAGUGAGAAUUAUAUCACUGAAAAUAUAUCUUAUUAUUAUUCAUUUUUUAGUAAAAUAAGUGAUGCAAAAAAAAAAAAAAAAUAUAAUAAGAUUGAAGAAAAACCUGUUGAAGAAUUUUGGAAUGACAAAAAUCUUCAAGAUGCAUCUAACAAUGGAAUCACGAGAUCAUCUUCUACAUCUGAUUCAAACAUUUUGAUGUUAAAAUUUGUUAUAGGUUUAUUUAUUAAUAGUAAAGAAGAUAUAUUUUCAUCUAUUUUUGAUGAUAAUAUAUUUAAACUGUUAUACAGUUUUAUUUUAAAAAAAAUCUCAAGUUAUACUUUAAUAGGGAAUUUAAUUUUUCAUUUAUUUCACAGUAUUUUUUUAUCAUCUUUUAUAAAAAAUGGAAGAACAACAGAUUUAUGGAAUACAUUUAUAGAUAAUCAUAUAAAACGUGAUUUUAAUUUAAAAAGGAAAAAAAAAAUAGAUAGUAAAGAUAUGACCAUGCCUAAAGAUUUGCUAACUAAUUCAAUUAUUAAUAAAACAAGUUAUAUUCAAGAUGAUAUGGUAAUUCGUCCAAACUUUGAUGGUAUUCCUAGAAAUAUAACCCAACAUAGAAUGGGAUCAGAUUCUUUGUUAAAUAGAAGUAUUCAGAAUUCUUCAGAUCUUUAUAUGCAUCAAAAUACAUAUCGUAGUAUUCAUAACAAUAUAAUAUAUAUAUAUAAAAAAAAAGGUGAAUGUAUAAUUGAUAUAUUGAUUUUUUUAAAAAUAUUAUGUACAAAUUAUCCACGGUUAAUUACAAAAUAUGUAUGCAUCUUAAAAAAUAUAAUAAAUAGAUACCAUUCGAGAAUUAUGGAAUUUUCAGAAAUUGAUGAUACAUUUUAUCAUCAUAACUUAGAACAGAUUCAUGAAGUUGAUAAUAGUGGAAAUAGAAGUGGUUCUAAUGUAGUACCUAAUAGAGGUUUAAAAAAUGAGCAUGAAAAAUAUUCACAAUUAAAAGAAAAAAAAUAUUAUAACAUAAAUGAAGAAAGAAGAAUGAUAAUAAUGAAAUAUAGAAGUUUAAAAUUAAUUGCAGAAGAAAAAAUGAAAAUAUGUAUUGAUUUUUAUUCAGAUAUUUUUGUACAAAUUUUAGAUUUUGCAUCAGUUUUAUGUAAUAAUAUUUAUGAUUUAAAAAUAAUUGAAAAUGUUGUUAUGUGUUUUAAAACACCUUUAACAGCUAAUUUAAAUAUUUUCAAUUUAAUUAAAAAAUUAUUUAAUCAAUUUACUUGUGCAUUAAAUGGUAAAUUCAAUGAGUUUUCUAAGAUAACGAAUAAGCAACAUAUAUAUGAAAAAACACGUGGAAAUACAAAAUCGGGACUUGUUUUAAAUAAUAAUUUUAAUAUGAUAGAUGAUGAAACAAAUAAUGGUUUCAUUGAUUCUAUAAAUUUAGAUGCAACUAAUAGUGGUCAAAUUAGUGGAAAAAAUAGUAGAGAUUUAUAUAGAAAUGUAUUUGGAAGAGGUGCAAAUCUUUCAAGUAGUCAAAAUGUAACAACGGGUUCAAAUAAUAAUGCAAAUUUGUUUUCACCUUUUAAAGAUGUAAAUGGAAAAAAUGGAAAUGGGGAUGAAGAAUAUGAAGAUGGAAAUGAUUACAGAUAUGAUUAUGAUGAUGAUUAUUGCUCUAAUGCAUAUUUUACGUACAUAAAUUAUUUUAAAUUAAAUAUGUUAGAAAAAUUAUUUGAACAAAAUAAUUAUCUUAAAGAGAUUUUAAAAAAUAAUAAUGUUAUGGAAUUUCUUGAAAAGAAUAAUGCUUAUUUAAGAAAUUUGAUAAAAGAGAAUUAUCUUGUUGAAAAACAUAUAAAUGAUAAAAAAAUUUUUAAAAAUUAUGCAUCUAAUUUAGAUGCAUAUAAUAAAUUACUUUCUUAUGAAAAUGAUUAUACAGCAUCUGCUAGAGAUGCAAAUAAAAUAUUACAAGACAUAGAACAAAGUAAUAAUAAAUUAAAAUUAUUUUUAGAUUUCAAAGGAGUGACAUCAUUAUUUGGAGUUCAAAUAAAUCCAAUCUCAGAUGUUGGAGGGUUACAAAAUAAUUUAGAUCCUAACACAUUGGCACUUCAAGGUUCGAUGUCCAACUUUUUAGAAAAUUUACUUGAAGAAAAAAAUUGUAUAAAUUAUUUAUUGGCAGAUAAUAAAGUAGCAGACAAUUUGUUAAGAGAAAAUAAUAUACUAAAGUAUGAAUAUAAUAAAUAUAAUAUGAUUGAUUUAUUUUUUAAAAAUAAAAUGGAAGAAAGUCAGUUAGAUAAUAUAAAAAGUAUAAUGCUUACAGAAUAUAAUGUAAAUAAAAUAUUGUCUCAUGAAAAACGAUUCAAAAUAUUAAAAACAAAUUUUGAUGGAUCCUAUAAUAAUAAAGAAGCUAUAAAAUUAUUUUUUGAAGAUAAUAAAGAAGCAAUAAACUUUUUUAAAGAUAAAAAAUAUGAACCUCCUAUUUUUAAAGAUGAUGAUUCAAGUUCAUUAAAUGAAAAUAUUAUGAAUAGAGCUAAAGUAAUUUUAAAAAGAGAAUUAGAAGAUGAUUCAAAAAGUUAUAUAGAUGCAAGAUAUUUAUUAAAUAACAUUUUUGAAAAAAGAUUCUAUCCAUAUAAUUGUAUAAAGAUGUUAGAAAAAUGUUUACUUUUUUUAUCAUCUGUUAAUAAUAAUAAAUUAUGUUAUUACAUGCCAUUAAAUAAAAAUUUAUUAGUAGAUUACAUUUUAUUAGAGCAAUAUGAAAGUACUAGUGGAAAUACAGCAGGUGGUGGACCUAUUGAUAUAGCAAACAUGCAUCUACAUGAAAAUAAUAAUAUGAACAGGUUAUUUCCAGAUGAAGAUGAAAAGAACCCAUUUAGAAUCCGAAAUAAAAAAUAUAAUAAUAUGAUAUCUUUAAUAGAUACACAAAAUUAUACAAAUACAACUCAAUUUAAAAAUGUAUUUAUACAUAAUUUGAAUAUGCAUAGUAAUAAAAUAUCUCAAGAUAAACAUAAAAUUGUUAAACAUUAUAAAACAUUACAUCUAUUAGAUAUGUUAUAUGAAAUAGUUAAGACAAAAGGAAAUUCAUCUUUAGAUUUAUUAAAUUUAAAAUGUUUAUCUCUUGAAAUAUUAUGUUCAAGUUUUGUAAAAAAUUCAUCAUCUGCUUUAUCAGUUCUUUGUACUAUCACUAAUAUUUUUCCUGAUAUAUUUUUAGAUGUUGUAAAACAGUUUAAAGAACAGAAUGAUAAUCUUAAAAAAAAGUUAGACUAUUUAGAUAAAGAAGCAUCUAUCGAUCAUUCAAAAUACAAAAAGGUAGAUCAAUUGGCAACUAGCUUAUCAGUUCCAAAUAUUAAUCUUAAAGUUAUUAUUAUAUUUAUGAAGUGUGUUAAUUUUUUACUUUAUAUGAUUGGAAUAAAAAGAAAAUUUAAUAUGUCCCUAACAAAGAUAUGGUAUUUUUUUAAUAAUAUUGAAAAAAUUGAAGAAAUCGAUUUUAAAAUGAAAUCAAAAAGAUCAGUGAAUCCAAAUAGUAAGACAAAGAAUACUGCAUUCUUUGAUAUCUUUUACAAUUUUGAUAACUUCUUUGAUGAAAUUGAUAAUGAACAAAAUAGUGAGGAUGCAGAAAAUGAUAAAGAUGGAAAUAGUAAUGGUCUAUCAUUCAAUAUUUCAAAUUUAGAUGGAUCAAAUAAUAUUGGUAAUGGCAUAAUUGGAAAUAAGAGUGGUGUAGAAAAGGACAGAAAAAAAAAUACAAAAAAUAUAAAAAAUAAUUUAGAGCAAGGAAUGAAUAAUAAUAAUACAAUUGGAGGUAGUAGUAAUGAAAUAAAUGCAAAUGAUUUUGAAGAUGGUGAAAAUAAUGAUAUAUAUGAAAAAUGUUUAAAAAAAAAAUUAAUGAUAGGAGAUGAUGAUAAAAAUGUUUGUAAGCAUUUAAUAAUUUUAACUAAUUAUAUUGUUCAGAAUAUUUUUUAUAAUUUAAUAAAUAAUUUUAUUUUAAAAAAAAUAAGGGAUCAAAAAUAUGAGUCAGAAGAUUUUUUAGAUGAAAAUAUUAAAUUAGAAAUUUUUAUGAACAAGCAAGAAAAUUCAAUGUUUAAAAGGAGAUAUAAUUAUUAUAUUAAUAAAUCAAAAAAUAUUGAAUCACAAAUUAUUACUAUGCAAAAUGAUGUAAAUACUAACACAUCUAAUAUAUAUCAAAUUGAACAAGUUCUUAGACAAAAUAAUAUAACUUUUGAGCCUUAUAUAAAUUCACAGAAAAUGUUUGAUAAAGCUUUUUCAUCAAAUUUGGGUGGCAAUUUAUCUACAUCUAUUCCUACAAAUUCUUUGAACCCAUUUUCAAGUAAUCUUGGUAUCGGAGCAUCUACAUCUCAAUUAGGCACAACCUCAUUAGGUUUAAACAAUUCGAAUACCAUGUCUUUGUUUAAGCAAGAUAACAAGGGAACGAAUUUCUCAAGCAUGUUUAAUAGUGGGAAUACUCAAACUAGUGCAUUAGGUGGUGCAUCAGCUCUUAAUACAUCUAGUUUUAACACCUCCAGUAACUUCUUGAACCCAUCUCAAGCAAACACCCCAUCUCAUUCCGUUAUGGAUUCUCAAAGAACCAUGUUUGCAUCUACAUCGAGACUAAUUUCACCAUCUCAAGAAACAUUAGGAUUAAAUAGUGCAUCUAGUAAUAUAGCCCGUGAUCCAUCUAAUGCUUCUUUAUUUAAUACAACCACUUCUGCCAAUAAUAAUUUAUUCAAACCACAAACCGGAUUAAAUAUGUUUUCUUCUAACAAUUCAGGAGCCAAUAAUUCCAACCUAUUUUCAGCUAACCAGUCAAAUACAACGGGAUUAUUUGGAGGUUCAAAUGUGGGGAAUACCGGUUCUAAUCUUAAUGAUCCUAAAGGUAAUAGCUUAUUUGGAUCGAACAUGCAAGCUAACAAAACGAAUCCAGCUAGCUCAUCAUUUGGAAGUAUGUUCAAUCAAACAGGAGGUGCAUCUAAUACAAGUGGGACUUCUUUAGGAUUAGGUAGUGGAUUUGGUUUGGGUUCAAGACCAGGAAUGAAUACAAGCAAUAAUUUAAUGUUAAAUAAUAUGGAUUCUAAAAAUACUCAAUUAGGAACAACCCUUGGUGCAUCUACCAGUACAUCUCUUUUUGGAGCAAAUAGAAAUACCUCAACUUUGACAAAUAAUAAUGUAUUUUCCAGCACCACAAAUACAAAUAGUUUAUUGAAUCCUAGCCAAAAUAAUAGUGGUUCUAAUUUAUUUAAUAAGAGCCCACUAGGUGGUGCAUCUAACACAAUAUCAAAUAAUAGUAAUUUAUUUUCAUCAACAACUGGAUCUACAUCUUUAUUUGGAUCAAAUACAACUCCCCAAACAUCAACAUUUGGAAAUGCAACAAACAGUAUGAGUCAAACUACAUCAUCAUCUCUAUUCAAUAAUACUUUUGGAUCUCAACAAAAUAAUGCUGCAUCUAGCAAUAAUUUAUUGGGUCUAUCAUCAACUGGUCAAGGAAUGAAUCAGCAAUCGUCGCUCUUUAGUAAUAACAAUAUGGGAUUUUCAAACAACUUGAUGGGAAAUAGAGGAAAUAAUUCAUACCUGUUUGGAAAUGGAGCAAAUCAAAAUCUUAUGAGCAAUAAUACAAGUUUAUUUAGUACAGGAAAUAUUUAUUCACAUCUAGGAAAUGAACAAAACAAUUUACAAAAUAUAUUAACAAGAGAAGGUAUUCAAAAUGUAACUCAAUUAAAAGAAUAUUAUGAAGAAUUGAAAAUAAAAACAAAUGUAUUAAAUGCUGAAAUAUAUAAAAGUAAAAUGGAAUUAAAAAAGAAUGAAUAUAAUUUACAGAAAGAAAAAAAGAUUCAAUUGAUAAAGGAAAAAAAAUUACGAUAUAUGAAAUCUAAAUCAGAUAUAAAUUUCAAAGAAAAAGAAAUGUAUAUAUUAAUAAUAUUAGUAUUUAUGUAUUUUAAAUUAAUAUUAAAAGGUCCAUUACCAUCAACAAAAAAUAAUAAAAAAUUAAAUACAGUAAUGAAUGAAAGAUUUGAUUAUUUAUGUGACUUUAGACCUACUAUGUAUUUAUUUGAACAAAUAUUAGGAGAAUCAAAUAGAUUCAUGAAUACAUUUUUUAAUGUAAUAUUUUUAGAUAAUAUACUUCAUGAAGAAAAUAAAAAUUUGGAAAAAAUUAUAUCAAAAUAUAAGAAUGACACAGAUUAUAUUACUAUAUAUAAUAAAAAAAAAACAUUAUUUAAAAAAAAUAUUGGAGCAGAAGAUGAAAAUGAUGUAUCAGAACAAUUUAGUGAUUUAAAAAAUGUUGAAAAUAAUUUAUUUACAACACUUACACCUGAAGCAUAUUAUAAAAAAAAAAUGGAAUAUAUUACUUGUUCAUAUUCAAAGGAAAAUUAUAAUAAUUUACUUUUUCAUAAAAUAAAAUCAUUAGGGUUAAGUAUUUUAAAGAUUCUAUUUGAGCGUGAUGUUUUAUUUAUACAUAUGUACAACCAAUGGAAAAACGAGAAAAUAUUACAUGAAAAACUAAAUAAAUUUCAUUUAAGUUUUAAUACUAUAAAUAAUAAUGGAACUAAUAAUAUGACAAGUUCAAAUGUAAAUGAUUCUACAUCUGGGUCUUUAUUAAAUAAUAACAAUUUUAAUAUGCUUACUACAAAUUUGAAUAAUGUAAAUUCGAGAGGGGAUGAACAGAUAAGAGAAGGUAUAGAAGGUGGUACAUCUACUGGUGCAGAUGGAAAAGAAAUAAAUUUUACAGAAUCAUUAUGUACACCUAUAUGUGUACAUAAUUUUUUACUUAAAAAUAUUAAUAUAAACUCUAGUACUACUUAUCUAAUUCUAUUAUUAAAAAACUUUUUCCGUAGUAGUGAAAUUAAUAAAAUAAUUAUAUAUUUUAUUUUACAAAUAAUUAUACGAGAUACUAAAACAACGAUCAAUAUAUUAAAAAGAGAUGCAGAUUCAUUUAAUUAUUUAAAAUAUGCAUUAAAAAUUUUAUUUAUAUAUAAUUUAAAUCAACAAAAAUUUAAUAAUUCCUAUAUUAUAUCAAAUAGAGAGAUUAAGAUGCAAAACAUUUUGAAUAAUUUUAUUGAUAUCCCUUUAAUGUACUACUUAAAAAAGAAGAGUAAUAUGAAAACAAAAUAUUUUAUGGCAAAUAGUAGAAAAAAUAGUGAACUUUAUGAUCGAUUUAAAAAGAGUUCUGUAGAAGGAAAUGAAGUUUUAAAUACAUCUAAUUGGCUAUCAUAUAUUAAUAAACAAAAUGGUGGAAAUAAUGAAGUAGAUGAUGUUGAUAUGGAUUAUCAAGUUGAUAAAAAUAAAUUAGAAACGGAUGAAUCAAAUUUCGGUUUAAAAACAAAAGAACAAGGAAACUAUUUAUUUGAUGAAACUGAAGAAGGGAAUUAUUUAAAAUAUAUGGAUGAUGAUAGUACAAAUAGUUCAUAUAGUAGUUACAAUAGUGAAACUAGCGAUAGUGAAUAUAAAAAAUUCAGCAGUAUUGAUAAUGGGGCACAUACAGGAUUAAAUGAUAGUUAUGGUUUAAAAAAUGAAAUGGUAUUAAAAUAUAAAAACUUUAAAUUAAAAAAUUCAAAACGAAAUAAAUCAAAAUAUGUUUAUGAUUAUUUAUCAGAUAGUGAUUUAAUAGAUACUAUAAAAAGUAAAAAGAUAUGUAUAUUUUAUGACAACAAAGAAAAAGAUGAAGAAAAUGACAAUAUAACAUUUUAUAAUAUAUCGUCUGAAAAUAUAAAUGAUAAUUAUUCAAAAAAUGAUUAUUAUAAUGAAAUAAAAUCAAUUAAUUAUAAUAUAACGGGUUUUUGUAGUUCCUAUAACUUUUUACCAAUAAAUAAUUUUUAUACAGAGAAAUAUGACUUUAUAGAAAAUGAGCUUGUUUAUAUGAGUGAUUUAAAAUUAUAUUUUUACAUCAAAUCUUUUAAGAGACAUUCUUAUUUUACUAAACUUUUAAAUAUUGAAAAGGUUAGUCCUACAUCUGAAAAUGAUAAAUAUAAAACAAACAUAACAGAAAAUGGAGACAUGAAUGAUGAUAGUAAUUAUGGAAGCACAAAAAGUAAUUCAUCACCAAGUUUGAGAAGAAAUAAUUUUGAUUAUUUUUCUGCAACACCAAAUAAAAAAAUAAUAAUAAAUGAAAAUGAUAAUAAUAUAAGAGGUCCCAAAAUUGAAAAUAAAGAUUUAAAAUUUCCAGGAAAUAAUAAAACUGAAUCAGAUGAUGAACAAAAUGAUGUAGAAAAAAUUGUUGAAGAAGAAAUAAAAGUAUUUGAUUUUUACAACAAAUUAAAUAAACUUAAUGAGAAUAUGUUAUUUCCUAAUAUAUUUUAUGAUAGUAGAGGUGAUAAAAUGAAAUAUAUAGAAUAUAUUAAAAAGGUAGCUGAAAGGGAACAAAAAGAAACGGAUGGGAAAUAUAAAAACAUAUUAGGCCCAAUAAAUAAUAUUUUAAAAACAAAAAAAAAUGAAAUAGAAAAACAAUUAUCUAUAGAAUUAAGAAAAAAAUAUAUAUAUAUUAAUAAUGAAUAUUGUGAAUGGAUUGAACUAAGCCAUUUAUUGAAUGUCGAUAUAGAUUAUAAUGAUAUACGAGGAGGGUUAAAUAAAAAUAAUAGUGUUUUAAAUAAUUAUAGUAGAAUGCCAAUUACAAAAUUAAUUUUAUAUUUUUAUGAAAUUAUUACAAGAAAAUUUUUAUUUUUAAAUAAUUCUGAUUCAUUAAUUGAAAGUUGUGUCUUGUCAUUAUUAGGUUUAUCAUUUAUUCCUUCGAAACAAAUGGAUAGAAAAAAUUUAAUAACAAGUAUUGAUGAAUCAUUAGAAUUAGAAGAGAACAGUUUCUUAAACUCGUUGAUAAAAAGUGUAAUUAUAAAUUUUUCAAACUAUGAGCAUAUAUCAGAAACAAUUAAAGUAGGCUACAAUAAUAGCAUUGUUGAAAUGGCAAACCAAAAUAAAGAUAAAAAAAAAAGAUUACUAUCAAAUGAAGAAUCAAAUAGAUUUGAUUUUGAUGAUGAUCUACUUAUUAAUGGUGAUGAUGAAGAAGAGAGUGUUCAGGGAAAUUAUACAAACAAACUGGAUAAUGAAAAUAAUUUUUUUAACAAUGAUGAUAUAUAUAAAAUGGGUUCUGGAUUAAGUACCGAUAAUUCAAAAAAUGUAUUAUUAAAUAAGAAGAGAAAAGAUUAUUAUAAAAAAAAUAUAUUUUUAAAUAAUUCCAACAAUCUAAAACAAUAUAAUACUUUUGAAAAAAAUAUAUAUUUUAUAAAAAGUUUAAAUAUUAUAUAUAUGAUGUCUAAAAAUAAAAAAAUAAAAGAGUACAUAAUAAAUUUAAUAAACACAAUGUGGUAUAACAAGUAUAAUGUAUUCUACUAUAUUACUCAAAAUGUAAAUAUCGACAAAUUGAAGGAUACUGAAAAGAUUAUAUUUUUUAAAGUGUCAUUACACAUUUUAAAUAUAUUUAUUCCUAUACUAGAUCAUAUAUUAAAUAAUAUAGAUAAACAUGUUGGUAAAUUUAUUAAUUUAAGUUUUCCAAAUGAUAAAGAAGAUAAUAAUUCGGUCGAAGUUUUUGAAUCAGCUGAUAAUAAUGCAUCUAAUGAAUCAGCAAACAAAAAUAAUAAUGCAGGUCCACAAAAAUAUUGUAACAUUUUUCAUAUAAUAAAUAAAGAAAAUUUUAAUCAACGAAAAAAUUUAUUUGAAUUUUUAAAUCCAAUAUUUACAUUUGAUAAUGUUCAGAACUUUAUAAACCAUUAUAUUAAUAUUGUAAAGAAUUAUAAUGACAAUUAUUUAAAGCAUUAUAUUUAUCACUAUUAUUUAUUUAAUUACGAUUUUGAGUUUCAAAGAGUUUAUAAUUAUUCCAAUUUAGAGCAUAUACAUUAUAUAAAAAGUAAUAAAGGAUCUAAUGAAAUAAAUGAAAAAUGUUUUGAUACAAAAGGUAGAAUUAAUGAAUAUAAUAAAAAGAAUGUACAUUUGUUAUAUACAAAUAUAAUCAAUGUGUAUGUCAACUUUUGUAAAAUACUUAACAGUUAUAAAGUCAAUGAAGAUGGCAAUUUUACAUUUAGUAGUCCAAAAUACAUAGGAAACGAUAUUAAUGGUGAUGAAAGUUGUAACAUUGUUGAUGACCUGAAAAAUAGAAUACUAAAACCAAUGCAUAUGGAAAAUGAAACAGGAUUUAAUUUUGAAGAUUUAAAUGAAAUAAUAGGAAAUAAAUCUUAUUUAUUAAAAUUUUUAGAUGAUUAUUAUUUAAAUGGUGAAGCAUCUAAAGAAACAAAAAAAGAGCAUCUUGAAAAAAAUGUAUAUAUUUAUAAUAGUAUAAAUUAUUUAAAUAUAAAUUAUAAAAAUUGGUUACUUGUUUAUAAAACAUAUAUAGAAAAAAUAACAUAUUUAGUAGAUUUAAUUUUAAAAAUAAAAAAUAAUACUAUAAAAAAAAAAAUAUAUUAUUUAAAAAAUUAUUUUUAUAUAGUAAAUAAUAUACAAAGACAUUUAAAAAAUGUAACAAGCUUAAUAAAAUCAUCACAUUACAUAAAUUUUAAUAUUCAGAUUACUCCAAUUCUUUUUAUUGUAUAUUUAUUUAUAACGAUAUUCUUUUUAUCUCAUAAUAAUAAGUUUGCCUUUAGAUAUUUGUCUUGUAUUAAUAAAGGUUUCCAUAAUUUAUUUAAGGGAAAGAAUAUGCUUGAUUUUAAAAAUACACAAAAUGUUGAUGAAGAUGAAGAAGAAGAUGAAGAAGAAAAUGCUAAAAAUAGUAACGACCGAAAUAGUGGCACAAUAAAACAGAAUAAAAAAAUAAAAUUUUAUGAUGAAAUAAAUGGUUCUAAAAAAGAUAGAAAAGAAUCAGAUGCACAUCUAUAUGAUAACACCGAAUUUAAGAUUGAUCAUUUGAAAUAUAAUAAAAAAUUGAAAAUGUCUUCUGUUUUUUCUAAGCAAAUAUUAACAAGAGAAUUUCAAAAUAAUAUAAUAAAUAUUCCAAAAACAUAUAAUCAAGAUGGUAAUACAAAUUUAAUUAAUAACUUUGAUAAAAAAAUCGGAAUCGGAUAUAACAAUAAUGAUUCAUAUAUGCAAGGUAAUGGAAUAGAAACCAUUUUAAAUUUACAAAAAGGUGAAUUAUAUAAAUCUGGUUUUUUUAUUAAUAAUGGAUAUAAUAAUCAUGUAGGUUCAAAAAGUUCUGGUGAAGAUAAAUUAUAUUAUGACAUACAUAGUGAAUAUUAUAAAUUAAUUUUAAAAAGUAAUGAGUUUUUUGGAGACUUACUACAACUUCUAAUAAUAUUAAUAACUAAAAAACAUCCGGUUUUGAAUAAAUAUACAAUUAUAUAUAUAUAUGAAUGUUUAUAUACAUUAUUAAAUAUAUAUCAUUAUAGUUAUACAUAUGCUGAAAAGGAACAUAAUGCAAAAAAUAAUAAAAAUAUGUUUAUAUCGUUAAUUAAAAGGAUUGAUCAGAAUAUUUUAAAUGAAUUUAUUAGUACAUUAUUUACUGAUUCAUAUAAGAAUUUUUUUACAAAUACAAACUCAACAAUUCCAAUUUAUUUUUACAAUAAUAUAUAUAAAUUUAUUGAUUAUAAUACAGAAAUAUUUAUGAUGAAAAAUAAUGAGGAGCUAACGGAUGGUGCAUCUAUUUUAGAACCCAAAAAUCGAAUGACAAUGAAUAAUUUUAUAGAUUCAGAUGAUAGUGAUAUAGGAAAUUAUUUUAUGAAUAAAGAACAGAAGCAUAUAAAACAAAAAAAAAAAGUACAUUUUGCAGAUUCAGAACCUACGAAAAUGGUUAGUCCAAAUAAAGCAGAUGUAAAUAUUAAUGGAGAAAAUACUGGUCUUAUAAAUCUAAAUUUUAAAAAUAAUUUUGAAAAUAAAAUUCAUUUAAAUAGUAGAAGUUUAAAUUUAUAUGAAGAAAUAUAUUGUAGUAACUUUUUAUAUAAUAAAAAUGAUUUGAAUUUGCUUAGUAUAAACUUGUUAAUAUUUUUACUAACCAGGAUAGGUAUAUAUGAAAUAGAUAUAAAGAUAGAUGAAAAUAAUGUAAAGAAUUUAAUAAAAGGAAACUUAUUUAUAUUUGACAAGAAUGCUGAAAAUGAAAAUGAAAAUGAAAAUAAAAUAUUACACACAUGUUUCUUGUUAAGUGCUUUAUGUGACACAUCGUAUAUUAAUGAGUUUGUUUCAAACGAAGAUUUAUUUAGUUUAUUUUUAAAAAGUAAUAUAUUUAAUAAUUUAUAUGAAUAUAAAUUUAAUUACUUAUCAAAUAGUAUAUCAUUUUUAACGUUUCCUACAAACUUUCUAGAAAAUAAGAAUAUAUAUAUACCACUUCCAAUGUUAAUUAUAUCAUAUAUUACAGUAAUUUUAAAAGUUGUCGAUAAAAAGGGAUUACAAUUAUUUAAUAUAAUAGGAAAAUGGAUAACAAAAAAUAUUAGCAUUUUUACAAACCAUUUAAUAGUUAAUAAUUAUCUUAUGAAAUCUCAUGAAAUAGCUCAUGAAAUAAAUAAUUUUACAACAUACAAUCAUAAUCUUGUAUAUAAAUGUUUAUGUUAUGCAUCUACAUGUAACUUUACAAAAGAACCAUCAAGUGAUAGUACAAACUCACCAACAAGACCUCUAAACUUUUCCCAAGCAUCAAGAAAUGCAAGAUCUAGUAAAGAAUCAGAUCCAAAUGCUAGUAAAAGAAAUACAGAAAAUUUAAUAAAUCAUGCUAAUGUUAAGCUUGUUAAUUUAGAUAUAAUAUAUUCUAGUACUUACUACUUAUUAAGGUUAUAUAAAAAUUAUCUUUUAUAUAUCCAUCAAAAUUAUUUAAGUUUAAAAAAAUUACAAAUUGUUGAAAAUAUGAAUAAGAGAAAAAAAAAUAAAUCAAAAAAAAUAAAACAAAAUUUAACAUAUAUGGAAGAUGAAAUAAUUAAUAAGAAAGGAAAUAUAGGAGGAAUAGAUGGUUCUAAAAAUAUAUCUAGUAAUGAGUUUAGUGAUGAGAAUGGGAUAAAUAAUGGAGUACCAAUACAAAAACAAAAUUAUUCUGGAAAUAAUUAUGAUACAAAUUAUUCUGAAUAUGAAAGUGAUGACAAUAGUGAUUUUAGUGAUGAUGAGGAUAGUGAAAGUCAAGAUAAUGAUGAGGAAAAUAUUCGAGGAACAGAUUCAAUAAAAUCUAAUUUUUCAAAAUUAAUAAAUUCUGUAUAUAAUAAUAAAAAUAGUCAAUUUAUAAUGGGCAAUUAUAAUGAUCAAAAUGUAUUUAGUAAUAAUAAUAUGAACAAUAUUUUAGGUAAUACUAGUAGUAGUGGAUUUAUUGAAAAUAAUUAUUUUUAUAUAGAUAAAGGUUUAAGUUUUGAAUUUAAUGAAAUAUCUCUAAACAUAUGUAAUAUAAUAAAAGAACAUACAUAUAUACUUCAAUAUGUUAAAGAUUUAUUAAAUAUUUUAUCGAUUUUUGUUAUAUAUGAUAUAAGUUUGAGAGAUGAAAAUGAAUUGAUGACAACCGAUAUAGAUAGUCAUAAAGAAAAUAGAGGAGAUAAUUAUCUAAGUAGUAAAGGUGAUAGUCAUAUUGAUGAAAGUAAUUAUAAUUAUGAUACAAGAGAGAUGAGGAGAAAGAAUAUAAGAACACAUAGAAUAUUACAAAAUAUUAUUCCGAAAUAUUCCAUAAAAUUUCAUUGUAUUAAUUUAUGUUUGGAUAUAAUCGAAUAUGAUAUUGGAAUAUAUGAUGAAUAUGUACAACAAUAUAAAACAAAAUAUUAUGAAUAUAUAAAAAUUGUAUUAAAAGUAUUUAUGAAUACUUCCUUUUAUUAUAUUAAUAUUAUUAAAUAUGAAAACAAACAUAUGCUAAAAAGUGUAUCUAUGGCAAUGAAAAAAUUAACUAACAUUAUUUUCUUUUUACUAACAAACUUAACAAGGAAAGAAAAAACAACUGAUGAAGAUAAAAAAAAGCAUGCUCUAUUAAAUAAGUUUUUAUAUGAUAAAAGUGGAUAUAAAAAGAAUGCACAUGAAAUAACAACAGAAUUAUUUAAUUGUGAGGAUAACAUUUUUACUGAUAAAAAAUGUUCUUUAGAUAAUAUUAAAAAGUUUUUAGAAAAUACAGAAAUUGAUAUACAUGUUUUAAAAAAAAUAUUAACAUGCAUUAUUUAUUUUACCUUUGCUAUGCUAAAUAAUCAAAAAGUAAAUAAAAUUAAUAUUGAAAAUAUUAACCUUAAUCAUAUUAAUAAAAUUAAUUUGAAAAAAAUUGCAAACACUUACUUAGAAAAUAAUAACAUCUUAAAAGUUUUUACAUUUAUAUUACAAAGAUCGACUCAGAUUUAUUAUCUUUUAUACAACUAUGCAAUGGAGUCAUAG